GCUGUGGAACACAGUGGGUCGGGAGGGCUGGGACCCUGGGAGCACUCCAUGUCAGCACUCCCUCAUUUGUACCUCCCUGGACUGGGAGCUCAAUGCUGACCUUACACCAGCCUUGACCUCAUUUCCAUUCAUCUGUUGGACAUGCCAUGAGUCGGGGAAGAGCCACAUAACAGGGAAAUUCAGUACAGAAUGUUGGGGAUAAGCUCCAAGAACACCCUCCUUUUGGGGGACAAGACAGUAAAGGUUAGACCAUCACCCCAUACCAAGUAUCUGGGUACUUGGAAAUAUUCCACUGGGUGGCUCUAGCUUGUGUCUGGAAGUAAAAGGCAAGUAGGCAGUCCACUUAGCUCAGCCCUGUGAACUGAGGAUCAGAGUAAGCAACCUUCUGGACGCCAGGGGCAACCACCACUGUCUUUUUCCCUUUGACUCCUGCCUCAGGCUUCGGGCAUAUUUAAUUGGCCACUAGAGAGGCCCUGGCUAAGAUUCAGGUCCCAGCUUCUAGCAGCCUCCCAGUAGGCUGACUUGUCGGUGAACCCCAAGCUUGUACUAACUAGGGCGUUAUAGGUCUUAAACACCUCCAUCCCCCACCCCUGUGCAACCUGUUCCGUGCUUAGAUGGCUUCUGGUCUGAGGAACCCUUUAUAUUCUGUGUUGUGAGGCCCAUGGGCACCAGGCCAAGGCUGUUGGAGGCCAGCUGCACAGCUUCAAAAAUAGGAGGGGAGCAUACAGCAGCCCAGUGGAUCCUCAGACUCUGGUCCCUAAGGAUGCAAGAAAACAGCCAGGCCUGGAGGAGGAUUCUGUGUGAACUGAAUUGUGAAUUGGGUCCAGCAGCUAAAGCGUCCGUGCCUGCGUCAGGAAGCACAGACUGGCAGCGCCCAGGGUAACAGCCUGGAAUCUCUUAAAAAGUCCCAACUAACCCACCCCAGGGCCCACUACGUCUUUAUAUGCCAAGAGCCAACCAGGACCUUGGUCCCGCCUCCAGAAAGCCAACAAAGCACCAGAGCCGCACCACUUCCGUCUAGGGCCGGAAAUGUCUAGGAAACUGGUGGACGCUCACAGUGCGUAGUGACGCACUUCCUCCUUGUGUCGGACCCGGUCCUGGUGGCUUCCGACAGACGACGCUGCAGGCCUCAACCCUUUGCCAUCGGCCGUUAGCCCUGGAGUAUUGUGGGAAUCAUGGCUCCGCCUUUUACCCUUUCGUCAUUUCUGGGUGGAUUUCCGUGUGCACUCCGAUCUUCGGGAUAGCACACGUGUUAAGGUUAUUAGUCCCGGCAGGCAUUAGGCAGUGACCCAUUGCCUUCUGGGAGUUGUAGUUUCUCGAGCGCUGAAGCCCCGAUAUUCUGAUAGCCCGAGACUCGGUUUCCCAGGAACCCAAGGGAGCUUGAACAGGCCGGAGUCCCGGGGAACUGGCGGGACGCUGCGGCAAAGGCGGCAGAGUAUUGAAGAGUGUAUGGACGCUGGAACGCUCCACAUCUGUGCGCGCUAGGAUACCCUUUAGCCACCCAGCUUCGCGAGACCUCACGUCUGGCUGAGUAGAGGCGCCUGGCUCACAGUAGAGGUGGGACGGGUAUCAGGUCGUAUGGCGGAGACAGAGGCUGGCUUGGAGGCUGAGGAACCCACGGAGGAUGACACCCUGCCUUCUGACACCGUCUCCCUCAGCGACUCAGACUCGGACCUCAGCUUACCUAGUGGUGUGGAGGUCCAAGUGUUGUCCCCAGAGAGACUUUCCGGGGAGGGCCAGGAGGACUCCGACCCUGAUGACCCUCCCUCGCCCCCCACGGGCAUCCCCACCACUGCAGUGCAGCCGUUCCACCUCCGAGGCAUGAGUUCCACCUUCUCCCAGCGCAGCCACAGCAUCUUUGAUUGUCUGGAGAGUGCAGCCCGGCAGGCACCAUGCUCUGCUCCCCAAACCAGUGUGAGUGACAAUGACAGCUUCAAGCGACCUGUGGCUCCCCCAAGUCAGACCCCAGCAAGGAGCCUGAGCAGAGUGCAUGGAAGCACUUGCACGACCAGGGUACUCCCUGUCCCUGAUUAUGUUUCACACCCUGAGCGUUGGACCAAAUACAGUCUGGAAGAUGUGUCUGAAGCCAGUGAGCAGAGCAAUCGUGAUGCUGCCCUGGCCUUCCUGAGCUCCCGAAACCAGGCAUCCCCCACAGACUAUGUGCCCUCUUUCAACCAGGACCCCUCUAGCUGUGGGGAGGGAAGAGUGGUCUUCACCAAACCAGUUCGGGGCAGUGAGGCUAGGACUGAGAGGAAGAGAGUCCUAAAGAAGGGGGUUGUGUCAGGUGCUGGGAUUGAGGCCUCUGUGGAGCUAGCCCAUCUUGAUGGACCAGAGGCUGAGGAAUGGAGUGGCCACCAGGUACAGGCAGAGGUGGUGGUACCUUCAGAAGCUGCCCAUCCUGAGUCCUCAUCAGGCCCCAUAGGUAUGAAGGCUGUUGGUUUUCAUGGCAGCAAGAAGCGGAGCAGAGACCACUUUCGGAACAGGGACAGUAACCCAGAGGAGACAGGGUCUGAGAGAGGACCCUCAGUUUGACUGCAGUGCCAUCAUUUCACCCCAUCACCUGCCCAGUCUAGGUGGGAAGGUGUGGGCUGUCUGUAGUAGGGGUAUGUGUGCAGCAGCUCCAGCCGAGACUGUGGGAAUUGUGGGUCAGGGGACCUUGAAGACCUUUGUGCCCCAGUGUUUUGGGGGUUAAUAAUAAAGGUUUUGAAUAUUUCUUGGA